AUGGAAGACAAAUUUGGAGGCCACGUUUUGGCAAUUCCUUAUCCUGCUCAAGGUCACAUAAACCCCUUGCUCCAGUUCUCCAAGCGCUUAGCCUCUAAGGGCCUCAAAGUCACUCUAGCCAACACCAUCUUCAUCAGCAAGUCAUUGCCGCUCAAAUCAAGUGGCUCCGUCCAAUUCGACACCAUAUCCGAUGGCUAUGAUGAGGAAGGCUUUGCCCAAGCUGAAAGCAUCGCUGCUUAUCUAGCCCGGAUGGAAGCCGAGGGCUCCAGAACCCUAAUCGAGCUCAUUACAAAGUACAACAACUCACCCCACCCUAUUAAUUGCAUAAUAUAUGAUCCAUUUUUACCUUGGGCUCUGGAUGUAGCCAAACAGUUUGGUCUAGCGUCCGCUGCCUUUUUUACUCAAACCUGCACCGUCAAUUACAUUUACUAUAUGCACUAUCAUGGUGGUGAUGUUACUAGUAUUCCCGGUUUGCAUAUGCUUGAGCCUCAAGACUUGCCGUCCUACUUUUCUGUUCCCGGUUCAUAUCCAGCUUACCUUGAGAUGGUUAUGAACCAAUAUUCUAAUCUCCACGAAGCCGAUUUCAUUUUUGCCAAUUCCUUCUACAAGUUAGAGCAACAGGUUGUGGACUCGAUGUCAAAAGUUUGUCGUAUGUUAACAAUAGGGCCAACCAUUCCAUCUACUUACUUAGACAAUCGCAUCGAAGACAACAAGGAAUAUGGGCGACUGGCUCAACAGCAAGCCACCAGGAUCCGUGAUAUACGUGGCCUUUGGAAGUAUGGCCAAUCUAAGCCACAAGCAAAUGGAGGAGCUUGCAUUGGGGUGAAGGGAAGUGGCUUCUAUUUCUUGUGGGUGGUCAAGGAAUCCGAAAAGGCGAAGCUGCCACCCAACUUCUUAGAGGAGCUGGAGCUGGAGAGAAGUACUAGUACUAGUGAAGAUGGUGGUAAAGGAAAAGGGUUGAUGGUAACAUGGAGCCCUCAGUUGGAAGUUUUAUCAAAUGAGGCGGUGGGGUGCUUUUUCACACACGGUGGCUGGAAUUCGACGAUUGAGGCACUUAGCUUGGGAGUGCCAAUGAUUGUAAUGCCGCAGUGGACGGACCAGCCCACUAAUUCGAAAUUAGUGCAGGAUGUUUGGAAGGUUGGGGUUAGAGUGAAAGUUGAUCAUCAUCAUCAUUAUCAUGAUGCAAAUAAUAUUACUGAUGAGAAUGGGAUCGUAGCAAGAGAAGAAAUCGAGAGUUGCAUUAGGAAAGUGAUGGAGGGGGAGACAGCGAUUGAAAUGAAAAAGAAUGCUCAGAAAUGGAAGAGCUUGGCUAUAGAGGCUGUCAGUGACGGGGGCACUUCGGAUACCGACAUCCAUGAAUUUCUGUCCAAAUUGACAACCGCAACUGCUUAA